AUGAACUUCGACAAGUUCUCCUUUGAGCGCGGACCGUUCUGCCGCAAAGGGGACUCGGAGGCCGGCCGUGGCGGCUUCUGCUUCGUGGCGGCGCGCACUGCUGAAUCUUGCUCUUCUGCUGAGUACGCUUGCGCUUUGGCUGCCGUUGGCGGCAGCUGUUGUUCCCCAUCGCACGGAUGGGAAUUUCCAGUGCGGCUGCAACCUGCUUCCCUUUCCGUCCAGCCGUGGCGUCGGGCUAGUGGCGUUGGCGUGCGCGUCGUGAGCCGAAGCGAGUCGAGCAGCGGAGUGCCGUGGCGACAGCGACGUGGGCGCCUCGCCCGCCCUGCUGCAGCCGUUCCCUCGCCUGCCUGGCAACCCUGCCCCGUGACGUCAUCGCUGGCUGGGGGCAGCCGCCCGCCCCGGCUGUCUGUGCGGCCCAGUUGUGGCGGAGCGGCCGAGAGGACAGUAGCGUGCGACUCAGUCCAGCCUCUCGGCGAGAACACCAGAGAGAGGCCCACCAGCCGCCACACAGAUGAGGCCUGCCACCACCACCACUGCCACCACCGCCGCCCCCGCCACCGCCACCUCUUCCAGCGCACCUCGCCAGACACCUGCUGCUGCACGGCCCGUGACUCCUCAACCUGA